AUGACCCAACGAUCUCCCGCAGACCAGUACAAGUUCAAGAACCAAGACUCGCAACCAGACGCUCCUGUGAAUGUACUGCGAAACUUCUUGAAGGCAUGGGACGACUCGGCGGAUGAGAAGGAGACCUACCUGAACUACAUCCAGCCCGAUGCAGUGUUACUGUUCGGCGGCCCUCACACAGGCAGAAAGGAGUGGAAAGCCGCAAGAGACGGGCUGAUACAUCAACACAAUGGCCCAAUCCUGAGAUCUCAGCACUUCCUCGAGACUGUCUUCGUGUAUGACAUGCAGCCAGAGACUGGAAGAGCAUGGGAGAUUGUUGGCACAGCGGACGUCAGGUACGACAUUGUGGAUGGGAACGAGGUGUGGACGAGAGCAGCAACCUGGUGUCGAAUUGUUGAAGCAGGAGAAGAACGCCUGAUCGAGAGAUACGAAGUCUUCAUGGACGGAACGAAAUUGUUUGAGGCUCUUGGAAAGCUCAACAAGUCAUAA